GGCGGGGCGGAGGCGGGCACCCUUUGGGGGUAGUUUCCCCGCCCGAGCACUCGAGGACCAGGCUGGACAUGGCGCGGUCGGGCGACCUUGUGCGGAGGCUAUUAGCCAUCUAUACCGGCGGCACCAUUGGCAUGCGGAACCGGGAGGGCGUACUAGUUCCUGGGAGCAACCUGUUCAUGACUCUGAGGAAGCUGCCCAUGUUUAAUGAUGAAGAAUACUCUCAAGAACAGCAGCUACCGGCAGACACUCUGGCCCUUCCACUACCUCCUGACUUUGGACUUGAUAUUUGGGACUGGGCUUUAUGCAACUUUUGGAAGGAAAGUCUUGUUACUGCUUUCUGGAAACUCACGAACCAAAACCAACGGAUUAUAUAUACCAUCCUGGAAUAUGACCCACUUUUUGACUCCAGUGACAUGACAAUUAAUGAGUGGAUUAGAAUUGCCAAGGACAUUGAGAGGAAUUAUGAGCAAUAUUUUGGCUUUGUAGUCAUCCACGGCACAGACACCAUGGCCUUUGCCUCCUCCAUGCUCUCCUUCAUUCUAGGGAACCUUCAGAAAACUGUCAUCCUCACGGGUGCUCAGGUUCCCAUCCACACUCUUUGGAAUGAUGGCCGAGAAAACCUGCUUGGAGGUCUGCUUAUGGCUGGACAGUAUGUGAUUCCAGAGGUCUGCCUCUUCUUUCAGAACCAGCUGUACCGGGGAAACCGGGUAACAAAGGUGGAUUCUCGGCGGUUUUCAGCCUUCUGCUCUCCCAACCUGUCUCCACUUGCCACCGUUGGGGCUGAUAUCAUAGUCAACCGUGAAAUCACACUGAAGGCCAGCAAGAACAAACAGCUUAUGGUGCACAGCAACAUGGAGAGAAAUGUUGGUGUUCUACGGCUCUAUCCUGGGAUCUCUGCGGCCAUGGUGAGGGCCUUCCUACAGCCCCCCAUGAAGGGGGUGGUGAUGGAGACUUUUGGCACAGGCAACGGACCGACCAACUCUGAUCUGCUUUGGGAGCUGAAGGAGGCCACAGAGCGGGGAAUGGUCAUUGUCAACUGUACUCAUUGUUUACAGGGUUCUGUGACCUCAGACUAUGCAGCUGGCAUGGCUAUAUCAGGUAUUGGCAUCAUCUCUGGGUCUGAUAUGACAUCUGAGGCAGCCCUGGCCAAGCUUUCUUAUGUGCUGGGCCGGGAUGACCUCACCCUGAAGGACAAGAAGAAGCUACUAACUAAGAACUUGAGGGGGGAGAUGACUCCCCUGCCAGAAGAUGUCCAGGUCUCACUUCGGGAUAGCAAGUUUGUCCAGCUUAUUGCCAACUUCCUCUAUCUGAACUGCAGCCAGGAUCUUGAUGCUGUGAGAGAUGCUCUGACCCCUACCCUGGCCUGUGCUGCAGCCCGAAUGGGGGACGUGGAGGCCCUGGAAGCCAUCAUAGAACUGGGUGGGGACCUGAAUGAGAGUGACUUUGAUGGCCGCACUCCCCUGCACAUGGCUGCCCGGGGUGGGCACGUGGGUGCUGUCCAGUGCCUUCUGAGGAAUGGGGCAAAGGUGAACAGCUGGGACGGUGACAGAAGCAGCCCACUGUUGAUGGCUGUGAAGGGCAGGCACAGAGAUGUCAUCUAUCUCCUCAGGGAUGCAGGUGCUCAUCUGUCUCCUCCGGAGCUUCAGGGUGCAGGGACCGAGCUCUGCAGGCUGGCGGCAAGUGGUGACAGGGAUGGGCUGAUAGCGUGGCAACAAGCAGGCGUGGACCUAUUCCAGACGGGAUAUGAUGGGCAGACCCCGCUGCAAGUUGCAGAAGCUGCUGGGAACCAGGAGUUGGUGACUCUUAAGAGUCCAUGAAAUGGAGGCCAGCAGGUGCCCCACAGCCUUCCCCAGCACCGCUGUGUGAAUAAGUUUGUUGGGACAUUUUCCUCUGGAAUGGCCCCAGGCUCUGCUUAUGGGGGUGGUGCUGGAGCUCUCUCAAGUGGGCCAAAGGACACCAAAGGGCCAGGGCACGCUGCUGCUGCUGCUGCUGCUGCUGCUGCGCACACGGUGGACACAAUAUUUGGCUAUUUAGUUUCCAUUGAAGGCCUUCCGAGACAUGCAGAGUAUUCCAUGGGCAGGGCCCCAGCGGGACUCCGAAGACUGAGGUCCCGGCCUCCCAGCACCCUUACCCUGCCUACUCCUGGCCGGGCAGCUCGGAAUGGGGCUUCACGUCGAAGCCGCUGGGGCUGGAGGCCGGGAAGGCGCAUAGCUACGGGACGGCAGGUUGCGGGGGAAGCACCGGACCAGAAGACCAGAUUGCGCUGGGGGCGCAGCGCCGAAGGACAGAUUCCAGAGUUGGCGCAGGAGUUGGCAGAGAGGAAGACUUGGGGCUGUGCAGGGGGUGCUGCUGGUUAG